AUGGACACAAUCAUUACCAACUUGCCGCCCAACGUGGGAGCCAUCCUCAUCGAGAAUAUCUCCAUCAUUCAAAUUAUAUCCAUGUUUUCCAUCGGUGCCUACAACGCCCUGGAGACGGGAAUUGCCGUGUUCGACUCGUUCAAACACUACCGCGGGCUGUAUUUCUGGAGCAUGCAGUCAUCCAACCUAGCCAUGUCAAUUCCAUUCAUUUUGGGGUGGUAUGCCAUGGUGACUGGACAGGCCGUGGUACUCUAUUCCCGCCUGAAUGUGCUCGCGACUGACCCCAUGAAGCUCCGCUGGGUGCUGUGGAUGAUUGUUAUAAAUUUUUUCGUACUGCAUAUUCCGAUGACGGUACUCUUCUACGGUCUGAAUAGUGGUCAAAGCGUGUUCGCUCGACCGGCAGCUAUCUAUGAUCGGAUCCAGGUGACCGGAUUCUGUAUGCAGGAAUUCGUUCUCUCCGGGGUCUAUAUUCAUCAAGCGCUGGAACAAAGGAGCAUCAAGCGAGACCUACAUCGCCAAGACGACCGGAAAAUCAUUCGUCAUUUACUUUGGAUUAAUAUUCUUGUUGUCCUGAUGAAUAUACUGCUGCUCGUGGCCGAGUACAAGCUUCAUUACAUCGAAGUCAGCCUCAAAACCGUGGUUUAUAGUAUCAAGUUGAAGCUGGAAUUCACGGUCUUGAAUCGCCUGAGAAAGCUGGGAUUUACAUCACCUCCUCCUCUGGCUCAUCAAAUACCCGAAUACGCCCGGCAAGAGAGCGACGUCAAUCUGGUGGGACGAUCACGCCUCCACUCACGCCAAGAAUCCAACUCCGAAUCAGUGCAUACGGAGUGUGGGAUCAAGGUGCCACCUCGUGUCUCGCAGCGACCUAGUAUUCAUGCCAAUCAUGAGGCCAAGUGCGAUGCUCAAUCUGACGAUACGAGAGUCCGGGGUGCGAUCCCGUCUUCAAAUCAGUUGACGGCUCCCUCAGCCUGCUCCUCAGAUCAGUUAACCACGUCCUUGUCUACUCUGGAGUUGAAUCUUUCAAACUUUACGUCAAAAUUUGACGUGUAG